CCUCUAUCACGUCUUUUUAAUCCUUCUCUGCUAACAGCUGCUAGCUGCACAAAAGAAAGAGGGCGAGAUGGUUUCGCUUAAGCUCCAGAAGCGGCUCUCUGCGAGCGUUCUAAAGUGUGGAAAAGGAAAAGUUUGGCUUGAUCCAAAUGAAGUCAACGAAAUCUCCAUGGCCAACUCCCGCCAGAACAUAAGGAAGCUGGUUAAAGAUGGUUUUAUCAUCAGGAAGCCAACCAAGAUUCACUCUCGUUCACGUGCCCGUCGCAUGAAGGAAGCCAAGAGAAAGGGACGCCACUCUGGAUAUGGUAAGCGCAAGGGUACAAGGGAGGCAAGGCUGCCCACAAAGAUCUUGUGGAUGAGAAGGAUGCGUGUUCUCAGACGCCUGCUUCGCAAAUAUAGGGAAUCAAAGAAGAUUGACAAGCACAUGUACCAUGACAUGUACAUGAAAGUCAAGGGUAACGUCUUUAAGAACAAGAGAGUCCUCAUGGAGAGCAUCCACAAAUCUAAGGCUGAGAAGGCCAGGGAAAAGACGUUGUCUGACCAGUUUGAAGCUAAGAGGGCUAAAAAUAAGGCAAGCAGAGAGAGAAAAUUUGCUAGGAGGGAGGAGCGAUUGGCCCAGGGACCUGGAGGAGAUAACCCAGUAGCAGCAGCACCUGCCGCUGCAGCUCAACAAGCGGAGGUUUCCAAGAAGUCCAAGAAGUAAAGUAAGAUCCCUACUGAAGACUAGUGAAGGACUCGUGACUUUAGAUAGUCAAGUAGUUUUGUUGAAGCCAGUGUGCUGUUUUUGGUUAAUGUGAACCUGUUCUUGUAGUUGGAUUAAAAGGUUUCCUGAUUUUAUUCUGAGUUUACUGGUUUUGUCGUUUGUUUAAUUAUAUUAUGGCAUUUAUUUU